AGUGGCAAUCGCAUGCUUAGGAUUUUAGGGUUAGGGUUUAUCGAUUACGGGGUACCAAAUCACCAACUAACUGAACCUCGAUUUCUUCAUUUCAAAAGCGUAGAUGGCGACGAUCAAUGAAACGGCGGCGGUGGAGAUUGAAAAUCAACAACCAGAACAGGGAGGAAGAGGAAUAGUGAAGCGGAAGCCGGUGUUCGUGAAGGUGGGCGACCUGAAACCUGGAACCAACGGCCAUACCCUCGCCGUCAAGGUCUUGUCUUCAACGACGGUCUUAGACAAGAAAUCACGAAUCUCAUCUUCAUUCAGUAGCCGACCCGGCGCUGCUAACACUCGCAUCGCCGAAUGCCUUAUUGGUGAUGAAACCGGCACCAUUCUCUUCACUGCUCGUAACGAUCAAGUGGACUUGAUGAAGGCUGGAAACUCUGUGAUAAUCCGAAAUGCGAAGAUUGAUAUGUUCAAAGGGUCCAUGAGACUUGCUGUGGAUAAAUGGGGGCGAAUUGAGGUGACCGAGCCUGCAAGUUUUACUGUUAAGGAGGAUAACAACUUGUCUCUGGUGGAGUAUGAGUUGGUGAAUGUUGCUGAAUAAAGAUUUGGGGGAGUUUUGGUAUACAAGAACAUGGAGGUCAGUUUAGUCUUUUUCUUGUUGAUAUUAUUUUAACAUGUAAUGGAACUAAGUCAUUAUGGCCUUCAUACUGGUUACUCUGUAAAAAGAUCAUCUUUUGAAUUUUCUUAGCUUUUGUGCUUACAUUGGUUUAUUAGAUGUGUUAAUUUGUUAUCCUUUUUAUA